AUGACGAAGGGCAACCUCAAAAUACACCAGCGAGUGCACACGGGGGAGGGGCUGUUUCCGUGCCGCCAGUGCGGGAAAUGCUUCACCACCCAGGGCAACCUCAAAAUGCACCAGCGCAUGCACAGCGAGGAGCGGCCCUUCGUGUGCACCAAGUGCGGAAAGAGCUUCAUCGCCCAGGGCAACCUCAAAAUGCACCAGCGAGUGCACACGGGGGAGGGGCUGUUCCUGUGCACUGAGUGUGGGAAACAUUUCACCAGGAAAGACAUCCUCAAACUGCACCAGAGGGUGCACACGGGGGAGCGGCCUUUCCAGUGUGCAGAGUGUGGGAAGAGCUUCACUCAGAAGGUGAAUCUCCUGACACACCAGCGGUGCCACACAGGGGAGCGCCCGUUCACCUGCUGUCAGUGCGGGAAGAGCUUUGCCCAGAAGGGCACGCUCAACACGCACCAGAAAAGCCACGUGCGCGAGUGGCACUUUGCAUGUGCUGAGUGCAAGGAGAGAUUUGCCUCCAACAGGGACCUCACGAUGCACCAGAGGAUCCACACCAGGGAGCACUCAUACAUGUGCAGCCAGUGUGGGAAAUGCUUCACGCAGCCAGGCAACCUCCUGACGCACCAGCGAGUGCACACGGGGGAACGGCCGUUCACCUGCACCCAGUGCGAGAAAAGCUUCACCACCAAGGGCAACCUCAAAAUGCACCAGUGGAUCCACACGGGGGAGCGGCCCUUCACUUGCACCGAGUGUGGAAAGGGCUUCACCGCCCAGGCCACCCUCAAAAUGCACCAGCGCCUGCACAGAGGGGAGCUGCCCUUCGUGUGCACCGAGUGUGGCCAGGGCUUCGUUCAGAACGAAUUUCUGAAACUGCACAAGAGGCUGCACACGGGAGAACAUCAGUUCCCCUGUCCCGAAUGCGGGAAGCACUUCAUCAGCAAGGCCAUUCUGAAGGUGCACAGCAGGACACACGGCAGGGAGCAGCUGUUCCCGUGCACUGAGUGUGGGAAACGUUUCACCAGGAAAGACAACCUCAAACUGCACCAGAGGGUGCACAUGGGGGAGCGGCCUUUCCAGUGUGCGGAGUGUGGGAAGAGCUUCACUCAGAAGGUGAAUCUCCUGACCCACCAGCGGCGCCACACGGGGGAGCGCCCGUUCACCUGCUGUCAGUGCGGGAAGAGCUUCGCCAAGAAGGGCACACUCAACACGCACCAGAAAAGCCACGUGCGCGAGAAGCUCUUUGCAUGUGCUGAGUGCAAGGAGAGAUUUGCCUCCAACAGGGACCUCACGAUGCACCAGAGGAUCCACACCAGGGAGCGCUCAUACAUGUGCAGCCAGUGUGGGAAAUGCUUCACGCAGCUGGGCAACCUCCUGACGCACCAGCGAGUGCACACGGGGGAACGGCCGUUCACCUGCACCCAGUGCGAGAAAAGCUUCACCACCAAGAGCAACCUCAAAAUGCACCAGCGGAUCCACACGGGGGAGCGGCCCUUCACUUGCACCGAGUGCGGGAAGCGCUUCACUGUCAAGGGGACACUGCAAAAACACCAGAGUGUCCACACGAGGUGGAAGCAGCUCGUGUGUGCCAGCCCGAAUCUGGAAGGGCUUUCCCAACCUGUACUCCAGCAAAACUCCCAUUGA